AUGGCAAGCAAGCCCGCUGAACGCGUGGCGCCCACGGCCGCCGCCGCCGGCGAUGCUGCCAGCGCUGCGACGGCCCCCGCGGCGGUCAGCGUGCGCAGCAUGCGCGCGGAGGACGAGGCUGCCGCGCAGGCGCUGAUCGUCUCGGCGUUCCGCGACCGGCUAGGGCUCGCGCCCGACGCGCCCUUCUGGAUGGUGCAUACAAACUGGGCAGCUCGAAGGCGAUACCUGCAGGUGUCGUUGAUCGCGGAAGCGCCUGAUGGGGACAUCCUGGGCUGCAUCCUCGCGGGCGUCUGGGGCACGGCCGGCUUCUUCGGUCCUUUGGCGGUCGACCCCGCUCGCCAGGGAAAGGGUGUUGCCAAGGCCCUGCUUUCAGAGACGAUGCGGCUCCUGCGGGAAGUUCACGGCGCAGAGCACAUUGAGAUCUUCACGUUUGCUGAGUCAGCGCAGCACCACAUGCUGUAUCUGCGCUCGUGCGGCUUGCGGCAGGGUUUCCUCUCCUACAUCAUGAAAAAAAGCGUGCCAGCCCCGCUGGAGCAGCAGGAGUCCACCCCUGCGGCCCCCUCACCCUACACAACGCUGCGAUUGCGGGACCUGCGGCCCGCCGCCCGCGCCGACGCGCUCGCGCGCGUCCGCGCGCUCUGCGGCCGCGCGGCCCUGCCGGGGCUCGACAUCGGCAUCGAGCUGUCGGCCGUCGAGCAUUUGAAUUUCGGGGCGGCGCUCCUGGUAUACCGACGGCCCGAAGAGCCCGCCGGCGCCGAUGGCGUAGGGGAGGAGGCGGAUGAGGGCGAGCUCGUGGCGGCGGCGGCGGUGCACUGCGGCGCCGCGGCGGACUCUGAGGCGCCGCUCGGCGUCGCGUACUGCAAGAUCGCGGUGGCGGCGGACGCGGCGGCGUUUGGGGAGCUGCUGGCGGCGCUCGAGGGCUACGCGCGGUCUGAGGGGUGCCAAGACCUCCAGGCGGGCAUCAGCCUCGCGCGCACGAGCGCCUACGACGCCAUGAGCGCAGCUGGAUUCAAAAUCUCUGGCAUUGGUGUGCUAAUGUCGUCGCCGCCGCCAGGGGAGGCGGCGGCGGGCGCUACCUACAACCGGCGGGACGUCUUUAUGAUAUCCGACAUGCGUUGA